GAGGAGAGCAGGGCGGCUCAGUCAGUCAAGUCAGCCAGCCAGCCAGCCAGCCGGGCGAGAGAGAGAGUGAGCGAGCGAGCGAGUUCUUUAAAGAUGGCCGGGGCGGCGGCGGCUACGGCAACAACGGCAGCAGCAACAACAACAACGGCGGCGGCGACCCCCGUGUACUGCGUGUGCCGGGAGCCUUACGAUGUGAGCCGCUUCAUGAUCGAGUGCGACAUAUGCAAGGACUGGUUCCAUGGCAGUUGUGUCAGAGUAGAAGAGCACCAUGCUGUUGACAUUGAUCUGUACCACUGUCCCAAUUGUGCAGUUCUUCAUGGACCCUCCUUGAUGAAGAAGAGAAGGAACUGGCACAGACAUGACUAUACAGAAUUUGAAGAUGGUUCCAAGCCAGUACAAGCUGGAACAAGAACAUUUGUUAAACAGCUACGUGCUCGCUCCUUCCCAAGUGCUGAUGACAUCAUUUUGAAAAUGCACGGCAGCCAGUUGACACAAAGAUACCUGGAGAAGCAAGGGUUUGAUGUUCCCAUUAUGGUUCCUAAAUUAGAUGGCCUAGGUCUCAGGCUUCCUCCCUCUACUUUCUCUGUUCUGGAUGUGGAACGAUACGUAGGUGGUGAUAAAGUGAUAGAUGUUAUUGAUGUGGCAAGACAAGCAGACAGUAAAAUGAAGCUCCAUAAUUAUGUUAAGUAUUUCACAAAUCCUGACAGACCAAAAGUAUUAAAUGUGAUCAGCCUUGAAUUUUCAGACACAAAGAUGUCUGAAUUAGUGCAAGUCCCUGAAAUCGCCAGAAAACUUUCUUGGGUUGAAAACUACUGGCCAGAUGAUUCAGUCUUUCCUAAGCCUUUUGUUCAGAAGUACUGCUUAAUGGGAGUUCAAGAUAGCUACACAGAUUUCCAUAUUGAUUUUGGGGGAACUUCUGUCUGGUAUCAUGUUCUCUGGGGUGAAAAGAUAUUCUACUUGAUCAAACCUACUGAUGAAAAUUUGGCAAUCUACGAAUCUUGGAGUUCAUCUGUCACCCAGAGUGAAGUGUAUUUUGGAGAUAAAGUUGACAAGUGUUACAAGUGUGUAGUGAAGCAAGGACAUACUUUAUUUGUUCCCACAGGCUGGAUUCAUGCUGUGCUCACUUCUCAGGACUGUAUGGCUUUUGGAGGAAACUUUUUGCACAACCUCAAUAUUGGCAUGCAGCUCAGGUGUUAUGAAAUGGAGAAAAGGCUAAAAACCCCAGAUCUUUUCAAAUUCCCUUUCUUUGAAGCCAUCUGUUGGUUUGUGGCCAAAAACUUACUGGAAACUUUGAAAGAACUGAAAGAGGAUGGUUUUUACCCUCAAACUUUCUUAGUACAAGGAGUGAAAGCUUUACUUACUGCUUUAAAGUUAUGGAUGAAAAAAGAUCUGGUAACAGAACAUGCCUUUGAAAUUCCAGACAAUAUAAGGCCUGGACAGCUAAUUAAAGAACUAUCUAAAGUGAUUCGUUCUGUAGAGGAGGAGAACAGCAAACCAGUUAAAACUCAGGGAAUUAUUGGUGUGUGCCAAGUUUCGCGUUCAUCAAAUGAAUCAGCCUCCACCCAUCAUUCCAGACGAAAAGCAAGGAAGCUACGGGACCAUGCCAUCAAAACUCCAUCUAAUUUGGACAUCUUGGAGCUCCACACAAGAGAAGUUCUUAAAAGACUAGAGAUGUCUCCGUGGGAAGAGGACACGGCAAAUGGUAAACUGAAUGGAAGGUUUAACAAGCCUCUUCAGCCAUCUUCUACUGUUCCUGAAUGGAGAACGAAGGACAACGAUUUACGGCUUUUGCUGUCAAAUGGAAGAAUAAUUAGGUUAUUUUAUUACAGAGAUGAGAGGCAACCUUUCAGAGAUCGAAGUCUUUACACCGCGGACAGUGAAGAUGAGGAUGAGAGAGCAGAGUCAGAGAAGGAAAUAACAGUUAAGGCAGAAGAAGAGAUCUCCCAGGAAGCAGAUGGCAGUGUAGAUGCUCAGAAACCACUGAACAUGUUCUUUGAAAGUGUGAAAUCAGAACUCAGGAAUGGAAACUCAGAAUACUCUGAUAUUUCUGAUUCAGAAGAAUCUGAGCCUGAUUGCACUAACCAGCAAAAAGAUUUCUCUCUUGAGGAGUCAGAAAGCUCAGGUGAUGAGAAACAGGAAGUAACUUCAAAUUUUAGAGAGGAAUCUAAAAUAACAAAUGACCUCUUUCAAACCACGCAGAAGCCAUCUAGACAUCUAGAAAUGACAAUUAAAAGGGAAUGUCCUACCUCGACCAGUACGGAGGAAGAAGCUAUUCAGGGCAUGCUUUCUAUGGCAGGAUUGCACUAUACCACUUGUUUACCAAGUCAUAUGCAGAGCACAGACUGCACUGAUAGAAGAAGCUCUCUUCAGGAACACAGAAGCUAUCCCAAAAGUAGGCAUAAAGACAAGCUGUCUUCCCAGAGUCAUAAAGCAGAAUAUGGUAAGCACAUAAAAGAAGAAAAAGAUGUGGGAGCUUCAACAUUUGCUUCACAAUUACAUGCAGUUUCUAAAAUAAAUCCUCAGGAUACAAGUAAAGCUCAGAAAUACUUCAAGAAGGAAGGUGCUUCUGAGACCAGUUAUAAAAUUCCAGAAAACAGGAUCCAUUUACAAAACAAUGCUUUGAACUUCCCCCAUGGCAAGUGCAUCCAGGACUCGAGCUUGAUUGAAGGGGAGUGCAGGCUAAGUGAUGGCAGCCUCAGUCCUGACAGGCCAUAUGGUGAAACAUCGUUGUCUGUACCGCUUCAUCCAACUAAGCGGCCAGCAUCAAAUCCACCCCCUAUCAACAAUCAGGCAACAAAAGGAAAGCGUCCAAAGAAAGGAAUGGCAACUGCCAAGCAACGCCUAGGGAAGAUUCUAAAGCUGAACCGAAAUGGCCAUGCGCGCUUCUUUGUUUGAUGCAGUAGCUGCUACCACUGCUGCUGCUGUCCUUUUUAUGCACGGACCAGUACUGAGGGGGAACAGUGCCUGGAGCUUCUGUUUUAUUCCUCUGCUUGAAGCAGAAUGCAUGUACCUUAUUAGAACACUGCCUAAUGAACAAAAACUCAAUGCUGCAUUUUCACUGUGCCACACCUGCUCAGCAAUAACCAUUUGGGAAACAGGGGAAUAUUCAGAGAGACUAUGGACUUGGGAGAUGGUCUUUCUUCAGGGCUCAAUCAUUUUGUUGUUUCUGGUAGCGUCUGAGCUAAUUCACGAACAGAAGAGUGUGAUGAAGGUGGUUAUCAAUAAUUUAUUUGACAGAUUUGAUUUUUUUUUUUUGCAACUAUUGAAUUCAUUUUAAAACUAUUUAUUUGGAAAACUCUUUGUGGGAAUUAUGAUUUUUAUUUUAGAUGUUGAGAAUGUGAAGGUUUUUGUUUGUCCUUAAUGUCUGUCUGUCUUCCGUCUGUCUGUCUCCAGUGGAGAGCCACAUGAAUGAUUUACUCUGCAUUCAAACAAUUGAUAACAGGUAUAGUCUUAAACAUGGAUGUGAUGCAUUAAGUUAAGGCACAUGGAAUCACAUGUUAAUUUCCGCUCUUUAUAUAAGCUCUUGACUGGCUUUUGUACUGACUUCUAAAGUACGUAUUCUUUGCCAGUUAACCUUUCCCUUCUUGCUCCUCCCUCUUCCUCCUCUCAUGUUUUGCCAUUUGUUCUGGAUGAUAAAUUGGCAUAACGUUACUAAGAGCUCUUUUCACACGUGUGCUUCCUCCUCCUGCCUAUUUGUUUCCAUAUCAUGGAGAACGAUUCAUGCUAAGCAUGGGUAGCUGUAAACCAAGGGUAGCACUACAGCUAUUAUUGAUUUAAGUGUAGACAUUUGAGAUGCUUUUUUUUCUUUCUUUGGAGGAAGGCUAUUGCGGCAGAGUAUUGCUCGUCUACACAUGCCAGCCAAUGAAAGGUCUUAAGUUUUUGUAUAUAUGUAAAUAUGUUUCAUAGCUUGCUAAAACUCAGAAUGACUAUUUUGCGUCAUGCUUUGCAAAUAUCCAGUAGUAAAUGCCAAUUCUGAAAUACAUGUAAAUAACUUAGAUGAUAAAUUUGUAUUUUUGUAAUAUAAAAUUGAAUAUUUAAGCUGUUUUUGGAGGAAAAGGGGAGGCAGCUGUACUACUACUUUGGUAAGAGGGCUAUUCAGUACUAAAGUGGGAAUACAAGGGAUACCGCUUUGGAUUUCUUCUUCUGUUGAUAAAGAGUUAAAGCAUGGCCAAAGCUACUCAGUUGCUUGACUUCUUUUAACUUCAAUAAAAACUUCCAAGCCUUCAGGUUAUAUCAAAAAUAAAAUAUCUUAAAAGUCCCCAAAUAGGACUUUUCUGUGCUUAAACAAUUUUAUAUAUUCAGUAUUUGCUGCAUCUAUAUGUGUGUAUCUGUAUUAAACUAGACAUAAUGACCUUUGUCAUCUAUCAGAAUAGAUAUUAGUCAGACGUCCUUGGCUACUGCAGUUACUAAGACUUAGCCAAAAUUCUCAGUGGAGACAUUUCAAGGCUGCAGUCCUUGACAGAGUUCCUAACACUUCCCAUUUAACUGAAUAGGAAUUAACCGCAUAGCUACAUGCAGGAUGGUAGCCAAAAUAACCAAGGUAGCAAUCUUAACUUGGAAAUAAGCCCCAUUGUAAUCAUUGGGACUGACCUCUGAGUAAAUAUGGUUAAUUGUGGAGUGUAAAUGGAUAAAAAUAGGAUAAUGGGAUUGUGGUGUGUCCUAGAUUUUGAAAGUUACCACACAUUUGUUCUUCACUCUUCUUUCUUCAUCGAAUUACAGUUUUUCCCCCAGCACUUGUGUGUCCACAUUAUGUAACUAAAACCAAACUGGAUAAGCUGCAUGUUGUCAGCAUUAUAAACAGAGCCAGUUACAGAAAGGGAAUUUAAUACUAGCUUUUGGAAACACGGAAAUUUACUGGUUAAUCUGAAAUUGCACACUUUUCAGUAUUGGUAAGAGAAAAUGUUUUCCCCCCCCAGCAGUCCAUAUAUCUUUUAACUGAGCUACAGAUCAUUUAAGUUCUCAAUUCCCUCUUAAAGUAAAAUUACUUGUACUUUUGGUUCAGACGGAAAAAGCAAUUCUAAAGUGAAUUUCGAAGCAUUUGCGUUUCUUCAGUUCUUACUUUAAAAUAUUCCAGUGAAUCCAUAGUAGCUAGCAGAUCGUAUAACUGAUCUACUUUCUCUCAACAUAUCUUGAUUACUAAAAUAUAGCUAUGGCCUUAUUGGGUGAUGGUGGUGGUAGAAGGGAAGAGGGUUUUUUAAUGGCUGUUUCCAGUUACUUUUCUCAUUCCGCCACCCCCCCCACGACUCACUUCCAUUGUCAUGAGCAUGCAAACAUAUUUUCAUAGACUAAGAGAAAUACUUUGUAGUUUCUUCUGACCUUUUGUCUUUCAAAUACAAAUCGAGGGAAAUAUCCCCUAUUACCACUUUAGUAAGACUUUUACCAAAAUGAAGCUAUGGAUUAGGCAUUAAGAUUAAUUUUGAGGAAGGUAGAGUACAUCAAUUGUGUGCACCAAAAUAAAUUGCUCUGAAGCAAUAAUUAUUUUGGUGGCUUGAUCGAGACAAGUCUUGUUUGUGUGUUAAUAACUUGCUUGACAGAGACCCUUGCUGCACCAGACUUUUAUGUGUAAUAGAUUGUCUGAAUUGGGUGCUAUAGUCCUGACUUCAUCAUUUCACUUCCUUGAGGGACAGGGAGCAGUUCUAAAGCCAUAUCUGGCAGAAGGUGAGUGAACCUUAUUUUCAAAGAGAAGAUAUUUUUAAAUAACUGAAACAAGAGCUUCAGCUGUAGGGUGGAAUUACAAUAGACCUAUUCUCUCUUGGAGUUGUAAGGUGAUAGGAAUAUGUGAAAUGAAAUGUUUGGGCUUUGCCCAAACGAGAGAGAGAGAGAGAAUCGAAAAGGGCAUUGGUAUACUGGUGUUUAGUGACAUCCCCAGCCACAUUUCACUUUAUCCAAUACUUACUGAUAAAGCCAGCCUACAAACUAGCCUCAGUUGACUUCUGUGGUAAGAUUUACCUAUGCAAUCAGUAACAAUGACAUACAAUCAUUUUCCAAACCAUCUCAGAGGGGUAGAACAAGAAGAGCUGCCUUUCUGGCCACAAUCUGAAAUGCUUACAUCAUGUUCUUCAGCCGAAGAGUACAAUGUCAUGGUCAGAUCAAAUAAACUUUACUUCGCCUAAGCUUUUAACAUGCCGUAGACUGCCUUCAUUUGCCAGGAUGUGUAGUCAUUAAAGAAACAAAACUUUGUAGGAUUUGAGUCAUGACACUUUUGCUUACUCUGUAACUGGUAGCUUGGAAGAAACCCAAUGAGACCCAAUGCUAUAAAUGACCAGAGAAUCCCCUGCAUAAUGCCUCUCCUUGCCCACAAUUUCUGUGCCACCAAAAAUCUCAAGUCGUCUUUUUGUGAGGAGGAGAAGAAGAAGAAGAAGAACUUGCAUUAUUCAUACUUCCAGACCAUUAAAAACUGUUCAUGGCCUUGGGCCUAAGUGAAUCCAGGGCAACUUUAUUUUGUGUAGUAAAUAUGAACUGAAUUUAAGGGCCUUACCGUUUUGUAGUUUAAACUGGGUUCAGAGCUGCAACAUCUGUUUUUUUCCCCGAAAAGGCAAAGAUCUGUCUACAAAACGAACGAAUCAUGCAACACUGGGUGAGAAUGAGACGAGCACUGAUUAGGAAACGUAGCUGCUGCUGAAGCUGCGUUUCUAACUAGAAAAGGACUUUGAAUAUAAAUUUUAAGCCAUAAUAGUUUCUUGCUGUGGGAAGGGAAUGAAAAAUCACUUUAAGAGAUUAUAUUAAUAUGAAUUAUCACAGUUUUAACUUUGCCUGUGCUUUGGCAUUUUUAAAAUAUUCAUUGCAUUUGAAAAAAAAGGGGUUAGGUCUUGGCUAUAUUUACUAGUUUUGUAGUAGUGUUUUUGCUGAUGUGACUCCCCCCCCCCCACACACCCUUUUUCUACUGUCAGUCUGAUUUCUAACUUUUUUGAAUGUUUGUGAAAUAGCUGUCUUUCUGCUUAGGGGGUUGUGUGUCCUCUGCUCCUUUUUACAGAAACACACUACUGUGUCGAGUGUUUUGGCUGGGAAAUGGGAUGCUGCAGCUUUAAGAGCAUUUUUUUCAAUUUAUAACAGUGUUUCCCAUCCCAUUUUUGCCUGCAGGCAGGGAAAGUGUAUGUACAGUAUUUAUUUUGUUUCAAUUUUACUUUAAUAUUUGUAAGUUUAUAUAAGUAGCUUAUUGAUUUCUUGUUUGGAAGGACAAGUGGCUUGUUUAAAUUUGUAUUUGACCAUAGUUUCCACUUCCUGUACUUCAAAAAUACUGAAAUUAAAAUCUGUAUUGCUUAUGUUUUUGA